AUCAUCAUUUUGAACACACCCUACAUCACUUCUCCAAAAAAAAAAAUCUCUGCAAUUUUUCCAUUGUUUUCAGAUUGAUUUUCUUGGAUUUCAAUGUUUGUACAAAAGCUAUAAACACAAUAACUUUUGUCUCCUUUUGGCCUUGCGUGUGUGUGUGUUGUGUGUGAAAAGAGUGUUCAUGCAUUUAGAAAUACAGAGACAAACAAAGACAGGAAAGGUGGAAGAUUCUUUUCCAUUUCUUGUCUCCUUGUUUCAAUAGUCUUGCACAAAUCCCAAUUCCCUGUUGUCAAUAAAACCCAAAAAUUGAGAGAGAGACACAACUUUGGAUGAUUGCUUUGUGCAAAGUUGGGAUUUUUAUUGCAUUUUUCUUGGAUUCUUGAAAUGGGAUUUCAAGAUUGAGGUUCUUUAGUAAAGAAGGCGAAGAUGAUGCAGCACAAGAGAAGCCCGGCCUCAGUUAACCAAAGCUCGUUCGCGAACUUGAUGCCUAAAAGACUCAAGAUUGAUGCCCCUCUCUCUUCCAAAGAGAAGAAGGAGAGGGUGAGCGAACGCGUCUCUGCACUUCAACAGCUCGUCUCGCCAUAUGGAAAGACUGAUACAGCCUCAGUCCUUCUUGAGGCAAUGGAGUACAUAAGCUUCUUGCACGAGCAAGUCAAGGUAUCGUCUCUCUUGAUCUCUUUAUGUCGCGUUGGAAUGAAAAUGACGUCGUUUUGGCCUCCACAGGUGUUGAGUGCUCCAUAUCUAUGUAGCACAGAGGGCGAGGAGGCGUGUGGCCUCAGAGCAAAGGGCUUGUGUGUCGUGCCAACGUGUUUCAUUCUUGAAGUUGGAAGUAGCAAUGGUGCUGAUAUAUGGGCUCCAAUCAAGACCAGCCCCCCUAGUGCGAGGAGGCUGGUGUCGGAUGAGGGUGCUUCGGUCGUGACUUACUGCUGAUUGUUUGGGGUGAGGACGAAGUCAGGCGCCUCGGGGAUCAAGUCACAUUGAUCGGCCUAGAGGAGGCCCGGGUGGAAGGGAGUUUGGUUUGGUUGUAAGGUUAUGGUAUAGGAGAUCAUAGAGUGAGCAAAUUAGUUGUUUGUUGAUAGUGCUAAAUGCAUACAUUAGAUAUGUAAAGUUAUGUACUAGUGACAAUGAAACGCAGCAUAGUUGAUAAAUACGCAUCUCCUCCAAUUACUAGGUCGAGGAUUUGAGUAACUAUGGAGGCAUUGUUAUUAACUUUCUCAAGGAAAAAGAAGUCAUGUGUAACUAUCUCUUCAAAAGGAUUUUAUUAUUCCAGAUUCAGUUUUCAUCUA